AUGGAGCCUCUGCGGAAGGAGGGGAAGGAUAAUCCGUCGGCUUCAGCUAAUCUUCUCUCCAAGAUUUUCUUCUGGUAAGAAAACCAGCCCGGAGUGACAGCCGUGUUUGACGUUAAUUGAACUCAAAGCUAUCCUUUUUGACAGUUUGCAGCCACUCAGCACAAACUGUCUUCUGGCUGUGGUAGCAGAUAGUGAAGUAUCUGAACAUACAUAAAUAUAAAUAUGAUAAAUACUGAAAGAAUAAAUCAAAGCUUUAUUUUAAGGAGAUGCACUCUUAUUUCAUAGAAAGGGCUGAAAAAAAGGAGUUUCAAGUUUGAAUAAAGUUUAAAAAAAACUUCUCUUGAAGUAAAACUAUGACAACUUUAUUGAUAUAGCACUUUUUGUACAAAGUUUAAGCAUGUAAAUAAGCGUUGUUUGAAAGGAAAUAGACAAUCAAGUCAACACAAACAAACAAAACUCCAUAAACCUAAAAUUUGGCAUUGGGGUAUCAUAAGAAAGCAUGCAUUUUCUCUCAUUGAACAGAGUGGUACAGGUAUGAUGGAGAUGGACUGUGUUUACAGUAACUGGUGUGAAUUGUUUGGUGUCUCAUCUUUCAGCUAAAACCUUUAAAAGAAGAAGACAUAGAUACUUGCUGUUUUUAAAUCCUUUCAAAACAAACUUAUUUGCUUGGUCACUAGUUGGCUGAAUCCCUUGUUUAAACUUGGGUACGAAAGGAGGCUGGAAGAAGAUGACAUGUACAAAGUUCUCCCAGAGGAUUCAUCAGAAAGACUUGGAGAGGAGCUACAAGAGUAAGACUUAUUUUUUUAAUUUUGCUUGUCUUAAUUAUUAAAAUCUUAUAUGCUGUAUUUGCUAGUUCUUGGAGUUUUAAAGGUACAGGUAUUCAUCUGUGUUAUUUUGUUACAUGAUCUGUGUGUUUGCUCGUCUCCCUCCAUCCCUCUUUUUUGUGAUUUGCUGGCAGUGUUGGCAGAUGGCCGCUUAUCAGUGAGUCCGGUACUGGUCAUCUUUGCCCGUUUGAAGAAAGUUUUUUCUUCACCAUAAGCUUUCUCAUGGUGAAUUAAUGUUUGGCCUCUGGUAAUAAUACAACAAAGAGUUUGAGGGUCAUUUAAUAUCUAUAUCUAUCCUCUUAACUUCUUCAAUCAAACUGAUAAUUAACUGAGCACUCAAGGUUGUCAGGAACCAUAAAUGUUCUUAUAAUCUUUGGUAAAUUGUACUUCUUAUGGACACUUCAUACCCAGAAGUGCAUUUUAAAUUCAAUGAAGAUUAAGAAAAGAGAUUUAUUUAUUAUUCUUGGUAUUCAAGCAUCUUUGAGGUUCAUGUAAUUCUCCUUGAGGGACUGUUGUAAGUCAUAGACUGGGACCUUCUUAUCCAACCGUUAUGUCGCCAACCUCUGACUCACAGAUGCUCACUACUGCUGGGCACCUAUCAGCCUGGACUCUUUCUUUACUGGGCAGACCCCCCUGUUCAACCCCCUUCUCAGGGGGUUUGGUAUCACAUUUGGCACUGAGGCAAGGCCAUCUAAAUAUAGACAGUAACUUCACAUAAGCAGACACUAAUCCCACUACAUCGAGAGUGAAGGGGCGGCUUCUCUAAGAAGCCUUUUCCCCUCAGCUUUGCAUUAGCAAGUUUUCUGCAAUUUAAACUAUAACUUCAAUUUCCAUAAACCUCAGUCCAACACCUGUUUGCUAUGUUUGUACAUAAUCUCAUUGGUGCAUCAUUUUUCUUGCUGUAUCUUUGGCCUGAAAGUGUGAAACUGUGUUUUGAUGUGUUUGCCACUGAUGUGAUGCUAUAAUCAGUUGGUUCCCCAACUCCCCCAACUUGUCAUACAACAAAAAUAAUAUAACAAAACUAGUCAAAACCAGUCAAACGUCAGCCGCUGGUAUUUCCACAUUAAUGUUGUGUAUUUACAUGGAGUAGUUUGGUAUUGGCCAAUCUUCAAGUUUAGGUUUCAGAUUUGGUAACAGGAGGGAAAUUGGUCUGGGAACAGCUCAGCUUUUUUCUGGAUCCACUCAUGCAAAAGGCUCUGUGUUUACAGCUAUUUACUAGAUAUAGAAAUCGUACCACCCCACCUCUAUGUUCACUUUUCCUUGGAGGGGGCCUGAACCAUCUAAUUUUUAGGGACAUUAAGCCCCAAUGUAAAGUGCAUGGAGCAAGUCCAGUCAAGUAUUAUGACUCAUAUAGGUAGUCAAGGAACAGCAGGUAUGAUUGUGUGCUGUCUUUAUAAAACUGUGACUGCAGGGGUGAGCAGAAAAAGCAAUGCUGUACAUUAUAAAUCAUAUCCAAUUAGGAUUCAGUCCGACACUAAGUCCAAAUUGGAAAAUCUCAUUAAUUAUUUUGUCAUUAUGAUGCAGCACUACAAAUAAUUGACUACAGCGCCUCAGUUAAUACUCUAUCAUGUAAAGACGUGUAUGCAGACGGCUUGCCUCUAAAGUUUGCAGCAGUGUAAAAUACAUCCUUAGUCAGUUAAUUUCCAUACCAGCGAGAUAUUAUAAUAGAGGAUUAUUAUUAUGCGUCUUGUGAUUUCUCUGAAGAAGCCCUAAGAAAUGCAACAGUUCAUUAUUGUGAGUAACACAGCUUAAUUACCUCUGCCUUUCUUCGCUCAUUUCAAAGCUACUGGAACAGAGAGGUUCAACAGGCAGCAAAAGACCUGCGCCCACCAAGCCUGACGAAAGCUCUCGUUAAGUGCUACUGGAGGUCAUACUCACUCAUUGGAGUAUAUAUCUUUGUACAGGUACCGUGAAAUCAUAUCUACAAUCUACAUGUUGCAUUAACAGGGAAUUCCUGUACUUUUCAAACUGGGUCAUAUUUUGAUAUUUUUUAGUGUACAAUCUGAGUAACAGACGGCUAUCAAACGUCAAGUUUUUUUUAGACCUAAUUUCAACCGUCUAGUUUCUGUAUAUUUUUAGAUGGAAUUUAGACAUUGCACUUUAACCCAUUAUUCGAAAACUAUUUGUUUCAAAAAGCAACUGUGAGUUGCAUAACUGAUCUCUAGGUACUUAACCAAAAUAAUUAUGAUAGCUGUUGAGCAAUAUACAGUGUAGUAUAGAUAUAGGCCAGAUUUAGACUAAACUUGGUCUUAAUUUAGACAUCUAAAAAAACUUUCAUUUUUAGACUUGUGGUAGCUUGAUUUUAGACCAGUCGUCUAGGCAACAUUUAAACUUCUAUUAGACCUCUUUUGGACCUAAAAAUGGUCAGUGGGAUUAUGCAGUCUAACCAUUUAGAGUUGCUUCAGAUGAUUGCUUUUGUUGUUAGCUGCAACCUGCAAAAAGCAAGCAGUUAAUGUCCGCUGAAAGGAUUUGGUUUUGACACAGAGGGGCUCACACUGUUUUUUUUUAUUUUUAAAGUCAUCACGACAGAAAGGACCCAACUUUCUGAAUCUGCUGUCUGUGUUCAUCUCAAAAACUAAGGAUAGUAAUUGGAGUCUGUCAGAGGCAAAAACUGGCGAUUUAGUGGCAUCACCUUGGUUCUUUUUUGUUGUUAAAUUACAGGUGUGUCACCACAAACAAUCUAAAUAUAUGAAAAUACUACCCAGGUUGAAAAACAGUAACCCCCCUUUGUAAAUUACGUUUUCACGCCCACAUAUUUGUUUUAUUUCUCUUUUCUAUCAGGAAGUUUUUAAACUCAUUCAGCCAUUACUGCUUGGGAAAAUGAUUGAGUACUUUGAGCGCUACGACCCCACCGACACAGCUGGUGUACAUGAGGCUUACUGCUACGCUACAGGCAUCUCCCUGUCAACCAUCACCCUGACCGUCCUUCAUCAUCUCUAUUUCUACAGUGUUCAACGAGCAGGCAUGAAGAUUCGUGUGGCCAUGUGUCACAUGAUCUACAGGAAGGUCAGUCAUUAUACUAUGUUAAUAUGCACAUACUAAGAUCUUUGAUAUUUUCAGCUGGUAGGAUCUCAUUUAAAACUUCUGUUCUGCAAAGGCUCUUUUUCUUGACAGCAAGGCGCUGGCCAAGACUACCACAGGACAGAUUGUAAACCUUUUAUCCAAUGAUGUCAACAAAUUUGAUGAGGUAAUUAUCUUACAGUUUUAUUCCAAAUUCAUAUUUUUACCAUCAAUCCUUCAGACUUUGCCACUUUUUUUCCUCCUCUGUAUCGUUUUCUUACAGAUGACCUUAUAUUUACACUUUAUGUGGAUUGUUCCUCUCCAAGCAGCAACUGUAUUAAUAUUACUGAUGUAUGCAAUCGGCCCAUCAUGCCUUGCAGGAAUGGCUGUCCUCUUUAUCUUGAUGCCUUUACAGACCAUGUUUGGACACUUGUUCUCCAGUCUCAGGUUUGGGUUUCUUCAGCAGAUUUUUGAGUUACAAUUGAUGUUAUUGCUGUAUUGUAUGUGUUUGUGUGUAUGUGUCUGUGUGGUUUUAGGGCUGAAACGGCGGUCCUUACAGAUGACAGGAUACGCACAAUGAAUGAAGUCAUCUCUGGGAUCAGGGUUAUAAAGAUGUAUGGGUGGGAGAAGCCUUUUGCUGCAUUGGUGCAUGAGGUCAGAAGGUAACCUGGUUUCCUCUUAUAUUUCUUUUGUUAUUGUCAACAUAUUCUAUAAUUUCGAAGCAUUUUACUACAGGAAAGAAGCUCAAUUAAAGUCUGUAAAAAAAAAAUUAAAUUAAAAAAAAAAAAAUUCUAUUAGUUACAAAAAUACAUGUAUUUUUUUUUCUGAACAAAUGAUGAAUAAAUGAAUGUCUCUUAUAUUGUCUAGCACAAUAUCCUGACCCUAUGUCCUGUUCUUAUCCAGACUAGAAAUCUCCAAGAUCAUGAAAAGCUCCUACUUGCGUGGGCUGAACAUGGCGUCUUUCUUUGUGGGCAGCAAGAUCAUCAUUUUCAUCACUGUCUUCGUCUACGUAGUGACAGGCAACACGUUGUCUGCUAGCAGCAUCUUUAUGACUGUUUCCCUCUACGGGGCAGUAAGGCUCACCAUCACACUCUUCUUUCCCUUAUCCAUCGAGAAGGUCUCUGAGUCUCUCAUCAGCAUCAGAAGGAUUCAGGUAAGCACAGAUGAUUUUCCUGUUUCCUGUUUUCAUAUAUGAAACUUAGAAAUGUGAAUCUUCUGUUUUAGAAGUUCCUCCUGCUUGAUGAAGUUGCUCUUCAGCUUCUGCGUCCUUCUGUGGCAGAGAAAGAGUGUAUGGUGGAGAUUCAGGAUUUAAUAUGCUACUGGGAUAAGGUGAGAAUUAUCCUCAGCAAUGUGAUUCUACUUUCUAUUCAUAACUUGCUCACAUAUGAAAUCCUUACACUCCUGGAGGGGGAGUUAGAUAAACUUGAAAACCCUAUGACUUUGAAAAUCUGUCAAUAAACUUUACAGACUUGAUCGCUUCUCCAUGUCUGAGCCCUUUGACUUUUCCUCACAGACUCAAGACGCUCCAACUUUACAGAGGGUGUUUUUCACAGUGAAGACAGAGCAGCUCCUGGCAGUAAUUGGACCUGUUGGGUCUGGAAAGGUCAGGUCUGUUCUUAAGAUCAGGUUUACAGACAAAAUCAUGAACUUUAAAUAACCCCAAAUAGUUAUUUAUGUAAUGUUCUCAGUGUUAUUCAUCACAAGCCUUUAAGCAUUGAUUUAGUGAGGUUUAAUUACAUGAUAGGCAGUUGAGGGGCAUUGAAAUGUUCAAGUUUUGCUCACAGCAAUUGAGACUACAAGUUUUUAAAUGUGAAGAAAACACAAAGACAGCAUUUAUGUUGCACAUUUAUCCUGUACUAGCAAACUCCCACGAGGCAGCAGCUGUAUUCACGCAGCAGUAUGUAUUUUUUUCUUAUUUUUUUCUUUACAUAAAUGCCCGUAAUUAUUUUUCUUUUUUGAAAUACACUCUUUAGAUUCCUUACAAACAACACUAGCAAGGCUAAUUUGCUAAUUGCCAUUAGCAAAUGGAAAGGCAUAGGAAAAGUUAGCCUGGUAACCCCAAACUGUACAUUAUCGACAAAUUCUUUAUUUGGUGCCACCUGACUUCUGGCUCCACUAGCCUCCUAAAUUUGAACAUAAUUUGUUAUUGUUUUCAUUCUUUAUUGGUGUUUGUGUAUGUUAGUCUUCCCUCCUCAAUGCCAUCCUGGGAGAGCUGAGUCAGGAAAGUGGUGUGGUGAAGGUCAAAGGAGACCUGACAUACACGCCUCAGCAACCUUGGAUUUUACCUGGAACCAUUCGGAGCAACAUCCUAUUCGGCAAAAAGCUCAACCCCCACAAGUAUGAGAAAGUCCUGGGAGCCUGCGCCCUCAAGAGAGUGAGAAGAACUUCUUAUUGAGUGUUUUGUUUGUGUUAGCUUUACCGUCAAGUGUAGGUGUAGUGUCAUGUGUAAAUAUGAAAGAAUACUAAGAGUCGGGCUUGGACCCUGUUCAGGACAUGGACCUGAUACCAGGUGGUGACCUGGCAGUUGUUGGAGACAGAGGGGCCAACCUUAGCGGAGGUCAGAAGGCAAGGGUCAGCUUAGCAAGGUGUGCUGAGAAACAAAAUACUACUGCACUUUUAGAUUGGUGUCCAGGAUGAAGAUAACCUGCUGGGUGUGUUUGUUUGUCUUUUUUAGAGCAGUGUAUCAGGAUGCAGAUAUCUACCUGCUGGAUGACCCGCUCAGUGCUGUGGAUGCUGAGGUGGGACGACACCUGUUUGAAGAGUGAGUGUUACCCCUGUUAUUAUGCUUUAAUAGAAGUUCAGCUCUGUGAGGCACUUUCAGGUUGUAUUAGCUUUGGCUCCCCUUGUGGACAAAGUUACUUUACCUUGUCCUCUACAUCAGUGGUUCUCAAGUCCAGUCCUCGAGGCCCACUGUCCUGCAUGUUUUGGAUGUUUCCCUGCUCCAACACACCUGAUUCAAAUGAUCAGCUCGUUAUUAAGCCAUUACAGAGCUUGAUAACGAGCUGAUCAUUUGAAUCAGGUGUGUUGGAGCAGGGAAACAUCCAAAACAUGCAGGACAGUGGGCCAAUUUGCACCAAUUUGAAUUUCAGUCUCUUUUUUAUAUAUCCAAACUCCUCACAGGAGCUUUAAAUGGAAAGUACUGCAAAUUUUAGUAAGUCGGAUGUAGAGAAUAAGGUCUAUAUUUCCUCAGGUGCAUCUGUGGACUUUUGAAAAAGAAGCCUCGCAUCCUGGUUACUCAUCAGCUGCAGUACCUGAAGGCUGCAGAUCAGAUAGUUGUCCUAAAAGAAGUAAGUCUUAACCUAUUUCUUAUUUAAAUUUCUCUAAAUAAGAAAAAAAAUGGUUGUAAGACAAACACUCGUGGUAUUUAUGCUCUGAGGAGUUAUCAUAAUUAAAAUCAUGCUGUAUGUUUCAGAAAUAUAGACAUUCAGUAAUUUGUCUUUGUAUGCUAUCACUGCGUGCUCAUAUUUUAUGGGUCACUUAUUUGGCCAAAUAUUACAUUGGCAUAAAUGUUCAUGUAGUUCACUUCUAAAACUACUAAUCUACCUGCACUUGUACAAUGCUAAUAAACUUAUGCAUCCCUGAAAAAUACUGUAAAUAUACUCUUCUGUUGUCGUAUGAAAUCAUGUCAGGUGUCAGAAGUGAUCUGUCCUGUUUAAGUAUAUAAAAAAGGCAAAAAUAACAAAUAUAAGGAGAUGAUAGAUGCUCGUUCUACAGCUCCACUCUUGUGGCCUUCAAGCUGGCUUUGUGUUUCGGUUUUCAUGCUGUUAACUGCGCUUCCUUUUUGUCAUUGUCAGGGUCAGAUGGUGGCACGUGGGACCUACACUGAAUUGCAAAGCUCUGGUUUGGACUUUGUAUCCCUGCUGAGGGAGGAGGAGGACAACGAAGAGGCAAGGCAGGGCAUGACCUCAAUCCCUGGGACUCUUCCUCACUGUGCCCAGUUGCUUUCCGACAACUCAAAGUCCUCCAUGUCCUCCCUCUCCUCCUCUCAGCGCUCUUUGAUUGAGGGAGCAGAGCCACUUGUAACGGUAUGUACAUCUGACUUCACUGCGGUUGAUAAAAAGCCUUUUUCCAUCAAGUUUAAAGCGUGCAUGUUGAGCUUUCUUUUUGUGGGAAAAAAAAAGGACAUGUUGUUCAAGCUUUUGACCACUAGAGGGCAGAAGGUACUCAUACUUUUCCCGCUGCUUAUUACAGCGUUAUCUGGAGUGUUUUUGGAUGAUAUUUAUACUAGUGUCUGUCCGUAGGAAGUGCAACCUGCGGAGGAGGAACAUCGCUCAGAAGGAAACGUCGGCCUGCGUCUGUAUGUGAAAUAUUUCAGAGCAGGCGCUAAUUUCCUGGUCCUCCUGGUCCUCAUUUUACUCAAUGCCCUAGCACAAGUGAGUUAAUUCUCUGAAAUUAUUCAAGGUAUGUUAACCGUUUUUGAAAUUUGAAAAUGUUGCUAAACUUUUGUUUGUUGAAACUGAACAGUUCUUGAAACUACAUCUUGAUAUUAUCAUGAUAUUAUUUGUCGUGUUUGAUUUCUGCUUUUUGUUUUUUUUUUUAGAUUACAUUUGUUCUUCAGGACUGGUGGCUGGCUUGCUGGUGAGUUUAUAUUUCUUUAACACACACAAAAGACAAAACUGCUGGUGAAAGAGGAAAAAGGCAGGUUUUGUUCGCAGCCAUUUUUACCGUACAAUAAAUAAUGAUUUGAAAAAAGGGAAACUGAACCAAACUGAAUUUUUUUUGGUAUUAUGUUUUACUUGUUAAGACUGACCUUGUGUUUCAGGUGAAGAGAAAUGCGUUUGUACGUCUCUGCAUGUUGCAGCUUUAUUUCUUGGUUGUGUUUAUUUGUCCUUGUAGACUUUUGGUUCUUUUGUGGCUGACUUGCAGGGCCUCUGAACAGAAGCACAUCAGUGUGACAGAGCACCUCAAUGGCAGCUUCCCUCGGCAGCUGGACCUUGACCUGUACCUAGGUGUUUACGCAGGUGAAGCUCACCAAGCACACAUUGCUCUUUGUGUACUGUUGAGUCUCUGAAUACGCCAGGCAUUCAAUGAACAGAUCCACAGUUCUUUGGCUGUGGCCCAAGGCCUUCAAGGCCCAGUGUAUGUGUACACGGGCCUCAGCUGUACAGAGAGAUAGCAGUACCUUUCUUGUUGUCUGCCGUUGGAUUGUUCUGAUUGUCUCCCCGUGACUCCCAACCUCUGCACUCUUUCACACUUUGUAUUCACAGUGAAUAAUCCACAUUCAAGACAAAAAAUGUCAUUGAAGGAGAACCUUAAGUGGAAUAUUUUUUUGUGUGUGUCAUUCAGCAUCCUUAAUAGUGGCCUUAAAUGCAUAGCUGACCUUGGAGCAGGGACAAAGAUAGUUUUGUAGUGUGCUGAUGGGUUUUUUUCUGUGCUUUUGUCAGGUUUAACAGCCACUUCAGUAGUGUUUGGCUUCCUCCGCACAUUGGUCUUCUUUAAUGUCCUGGUGAGCUCGGCGCAGACCCUACAUAACAGCAUGUUUACUGCCAUCCUCCGGACCCCUGUACACUUUUUUGACGUCAAUCCAAUAGGUAAGCCGCUCACCUCCCCUUCAAGGUGUCAUUUAAAUAACUGAUAAAUAACAGAAAUGAUAAAGGAGACACAGAAAUGAUGGGAAGGUCUUCAGAGGUAAACAUCCACUGAAGUUAUUUUUCUGACGUCUGACCACUAGAGUGCAGACUGUUACUGACUCUGUCAUGUUUCCAUCCACAUCACAAACAUCCACAUGUUUGCCCUUAACUUCACAGUCGAUCAAUACUCUCAAGUUCUCACUGACACCAAGAUCAGAAAAUGUCAGACUCCAAAUUUUGAUUGUAUUUCUCCUUUAAUGUGCACACUACCACCAAACAAGAAACACACUUGAAGAUUAUUAAUUUAAUUAUCUCAUUAUUAAUUAUCAGUAAUGAUUUAAAAAAUGAGCUCUAAAACAAAGACUCUGCUCAGUUUGAGGUUUGGUUUUAUUUUUAUAAGAUUUCUGUGAUUUAAAUCUUUAAAUGUAAAUUGUCUAAAUGUAAAAGGAAUUUGUUUGACUGGAGGGUCAAUUAAUUGAGAAACCCAUGUGACAUGACUUGAUGUAAAACUAUAAUAAAUUCAAAUAAUCAGUACAUAGAGUGCCAUCUUCUUUUAUCAUGCGCCCAAAUGAAGAGCAAACAAUCCUUUUGAGUGAAUACUGUUUGCAUUAGAUCCUGGACAGUGUACUGUUUGGAUUGUCGAGCUGUGCAAAUACACAGGUUUGCGUGUUGUGCGCCGUUUAAAAUCAGCAAUUAUUUCAUUAUCUCUGUUGGCUUUAGCUGACAGGUCAAUAGAUUUUGCAGAUGGACAUGAUUUUAAAAGUGAGUAAACACUUUAAAUAUGUUUGACUAAACUGCGAGGGGACGUUUUUUUUUUGCCACCUUUUUUGAGUGCAGCGCACUUCAAGAUUUGUUAAAAUAAUUCCUGAAUUGUUUCCCUUCCCUGGAUUCUCCUUAUCCCUUUGGUUCUGUAGUUUAAAUUAAAUACCUUUUUUAAUUAGGUAAAAUAACGUCACUACUAUCUGUCAUUCACAUCCAAAGUCAACUGUCAAGUGGCCCACUUUGAUAACUUUUAAUUUUUCUGGGGCAUUGUUCACCUGUCAGCAGAUAAUUACUCAGCCUAAUCUCUUCAUAGUGACACGCAUGUACUACACAAUCAGCUCGGGUGGGAAUUCUCUACAAGAAGGGAACUUGUGUCUGUAUAAUGAGUCAUAAUAAGCUGUUAACACAAGUCUAAAUAUGAUUUGAGGGUGUUCAGGAGCUGGUGGUUUCUCCUGGCAUUAGAAGUGGGUGUAGCGACAAAGCUUUCCCUUGCAGAGCUGUGUUUGGAGCAAACACCACAGGUCUUAAAAUCUUCGGCUUUUGUUUUUCCUGCUUCUGCUGUGCUAUGUACCGGACUACCUGACAGCUUAUCUGGGUGUGCCUGGCUUGGUAAUCGCACGAGAAGAGGACAAACACUUUGAAUAACAUUAUAAUCUGUUUAAUAGCGCAGCAAAGAAGAGGCUUAACAGACGCUGCUAUCUGAUUGCUGUUGUGCUGCUAUCAGUAACCAUUGUAUGACCAGUCCACUCAUUACAGCUUGGCCUCCAGGCUUGCAAACAGCGGUGUGUUUCUGACUCGAUUUACAGAAAAUUAUCCUUUUUGCAUUCAACAGAAGAAUAAGCAUUAACAUGAGCCCUUUCUAUUUGUAAAUAUAUAAGAGAUUCACUUGUUUUCGGUGUAAUUUUCACUUGCUCUGUACUUCCUUCACUGAUUUAUUCUCUUGAGUGUAACCUAGCUGAAAAGAUCAGGACAAAGAAAGGCAAUGCCAGCCUUGCAGAGUCCUUCUUACACCUUCUUUUUCAUCCUGAUGUUUUGCUUCUCUCAAAAGACUUUUCUCCAUUUCAACACUGACUGUCACUUCCACGAAAGCCGCUUCUUCAUGCACUCCUGUCUUGCGAUAAUUGUGAGCGAUGUGUGACUGUGCGCCUGUGUGUUGUGAAGGAUUUGACAAUAGUUUACAUGUGUAAGUGAUAGGUGUGCUGCUGCUGCUGUUGCUGCUGAACAGGCCUACUGUUUGAUGGCUGUCCAUGAAAGUUAAAGGUUACCAUUUCAAGCGCUGCUGCACAAAGGUCUUAUUUGUUAUUCUGUGAAUGUGGUUUGUAACAAUAGAGCACAGCAGUGGUGAAUUAUGAUUGAUGGAUGGGCUUUGUAGCUUUUCUCUAUCAGCCAUUGAACGCCUCUGUGGUAUUUCAAUCAUAUUUCUGUGUUAUCUUUCGCACUGUGUAGAUAUAGUUUGGGGCUUUUACUGAUUAAAACUUUUAUAUUUCAACAAUACUAUUUGAUGACAGAGAGAUAUGUAGAUGAGGACGAUAAAUCUGCAGACUGCCGUUUCCCACUUUUCCCGACUUAAAAUAUUCAUGUUUGCUGAAUUUUUAGCAAUAUGUACAGUGUUAUUACAGCUGUUCACCCAAAUGUGAUCCAGUUAGAGCAGCACAGACAGCGGUGGAUGUGUUGAGCUGAUGUUGAUCCCUCUAAUUUAGUGUCAUUGAGUGGGCUAAUCCCCUCAGAGACUGCAGGCCAGGGCCUCAGCGCAUCAGCACUGUCAAGGAGUGGAGUUUCAGUCAACACACACACACACACACACAUACGUUUACACUUCUGCUGUCCUGCUUUCACUCCGGCAUGGUGGGCCAUCUCAGCACCAGGUGUCACUCAGUUUGCUGUUGACACACAGGGAACAUUAGAUCGUCUGUAGUGGGUGAUGUGAGAUUCUAAUUGUGUCUACAGAGGCAGUGUUUUUAAUGUCUGUAUUUCAGGUCUAGGAUGCAAGAGUGUUAAGAGCAGAGUGGAGGAAGUACUGCAGAGAGGGUGAUGAUAUCGAGGUGUGUAAAUUGAAUGUGGAGAUGGAGCCGUGUGUGUGUGUGCAGCGCGGCUGAUAGGGCUCCCCCUCGCUCCGCACUUCCACUAUUUAAUUGCAUGAAAGGGAAGGAGAGGAGAUUGCAGGAGCCUGGCGGUGUGAGCGAAGAGAAUGGAUUUAGAAUGUAUUAGUAUUGGCAGCAAGGUGCCGGCGGUGGGAGGCUGCCCCAGGCCCGUGGGCCCCUUCAUGGAAGUGCAGGUGAGCUGUGCCACCUCCAGCCUUGGCAGCCCCCCUCCCCAGUAUUCCUUCAUUAUCGCACUUGCCUCACUGAAAGGCCCCUUCCGUCUGCACUGGGGCCCACACAUGGAGCGGCUCUGAGUUUACUCCUUAUCUUGAUGUUUACAGGGAACAGCGAUUUGCCACACGCCCCUCUCCAGCCGGACCCCUCUGUGCCAUUUCUUUCAGUAUGAUUGGGGGCCCUGCUCACCUAAUAUCUCCACCUUAAGGGGCCACCUUGGUUGGGAGGGCUUGAUAUUUUCUGAGCUUGAAAAAGUGGUGCAAAUCACCCCUGGAGUCUUCAAGCAUGAGAAAUUGUUUGAUACUAAUGCUGCUGAUAUCCCGAAACAUCUAUCCUCCUCUCCACACAAUAGGUGAUAUUGUUGACAACCACCCAUAGUGAUUGAAGCCUUUGUCCCAUGCUGAUCUUACCUCAUAGGCAUUUCCAUGCAGUGAAUGUCUUUGUGUAACUGCAUCACUGUAAUGUAUCCCCUCUAUAGUGUGUGCAGGAUGGAGAAGGGUCUUUUACUUCAUCCCCUCUGAAACUCUGUGUUAACUGAGCCGCUUGUCAAACAGCUGAUAGCUGACUGAUGUUCCCUGCUCUAACACCCUCUAACCAUGGUAUGAUGUAACCCAGAGAAACCUAGCCUUUUCUUAUUGCCAUUGUUUGUCAGAUAUGCAUGAAUUUGGGUCAUCUAUGGCUUAGACAGUAAAAUUACAUAAAAAUAUUAUUGGAUCUUCCACAAACACACUUUGACAAGUACUUCCUUCAGCGCCAGACUAAAGCUGCAAUAUUCCCCACUAGUGUAGUAGCAGCUCUACCCCCUUGCAUGAACCCUCCCCUCGGGAUGUCUGUAUGCUAAAGGGGCACUCACACUGUGAAUAAGAUUAGUCUGCCUCCAAGUGUACAACAUGCUUACGCCACUUGACUUUGAAUCAGUGCUGAUUUGGAGCAUUGCUGGGUUGUUGCAGGGAAUAAUGCUCUGGCUGGGUUUUUAUGCAAUGGCUGUUAUGGGGAGCCCGGCCUCGUCUGCAUGCAUGUUUUUAGGCAGGAGCGGCAUUUUGGAUAAAGCUGUAAGCUGCUUACGGCCGUGGAGAGAGGUGAUUACAGGGCCCACCUCCGUAGGACUGACUGGGAAGCUGGGAGGCAACUUUUAGGUCAGUGGUGCCAUGGCUCUACCACGCCUCCCGAGCGCCAUACCGUCACAUUGUGCCAAUGUGCGGCUCAGUUGUUCCCUCUCGCGGUCCCGUACCAAGCCCCUCCCUGAUUCGUGGCCUUUUAAAGCCUAGAUAAACUCAUCUGUGUGCUUGAGUUGUUAGUUUCAAUUUAUCUGAGGCUGUGUUCUUUAUUUACAGAUAUUAUUUGUGGAGUAAUGUGUCAAAUUGAAGCGUUGUUGGAGUACAGUACAAGCAUUAUAACGCAAUUUAUAAGGUAUUUGACUGGGAAAAUACACUAUAGACUACACACAACUGCUUUUUCAUGGCUUUUAACUUGAGCCCAGCUCUUGUUGUGGCAGUUCUGGCACCGCUCUGGUACUUUUUGUCUGCCUCUGAGAGUCUGCGGGCUUCCUUCAGGGACAGAGAUAGAGAAAGCCUUUCUGUCUUGCUUGCCUUUAGCGAGUGUAGUGUGGGGAUUUGCUAUCACUGACCCUGCAGUAAACAGUGUGUGAAAGCAGCUGGAGUGUAAUCUUAUGUGCUGUGGGAUCAGAAUAAGGGAAGGGGAGGGGGUUGGUGGGGGCAAAGUUACUAGAGGAGUAACAAUAAAAGGCAGCACCUGCAGAGCACCAGGCAAAAUAAUGAACACCUGAGCAGAUUGGAUGCAACUCAAUUAACGUCACCAACACUGCCUUUCAGAGCAUAAAGGCAGGUACGCAGCUUCUGUUGCCCUUUUGUUUACGAACAAAAGGUUCCCUCACGUAUUCAGCCAAGAGUAGGCUAGUCUCUAUGAAAUACUAGACAAAUAAUGAUUCAUUGUUUAAUCUGGAUAGGUCUGUGUUCUAUCACACUCAGUGUAUCUGCUAGAUUAAUAUGGAGGGGAAUCUUGUAUUAGUUUUUGUAUAGUUUGGUUUGAAUGACAGGAAGUGAAUAGGAAUUGUCUUUAAAGCGGUGAAGAAAAGCAACAAGAAAAAGAAUAGUAGACUUUUACCACGAGUUGUAUCUUCAAAUAGCUUGUACAGCUAUUUAAGACUAGAUGCCACCCUCUUUCGAUUUUUAUUUUUACAUUUGUUCCAGAUGUACAAAUCCUGAAUUUGACAUCUUCAUAAUCAGAAAUUCUGCUCUCAGUCACGUGACUCUAUCUCAGUUUUUUUUUUUAGUCUACUGUCAUCUAAUUUCUUUUUUUGUGUUGUGCUAUUUCCCAGGAAGGAUCCUCAACAGGUUCUCGAAGGACAUCGGUUACCUGGACUCUCUGCUCCCAUGGACGUUUGUGGACUUUAUCCAGGUGAGUCUCACCUCGGCAGGUUUGGUCGCUGGCGCUGCAGCAUGGGAAGGCCAUUUCAUGCCUGGCUAAACCUGCUUUGUGGUCCGGGUCCCCUAAUCUGGAAACAAUUACUGUAGGAUUACCCGCCAGCGCAGCCCAGCGCCUGCACAGAUUUAAUAAAAGUGUGCACAUAGGCUGAGGGCGUGGCCCCCUCACUGUGACACAACAGAAGCGGCAUCUUCAGAGAAUGUGUAUGAAGACUAAGCGAGUUAUUGGGAGAGUAAAAAGGUACCAAAGAGGGAAUAAAAGGCAAGUGGAUGAUGGGGAGGGUAACAGUAAGGAGGAGGAGGAGGAGGGGGGUGACGAGGAUGAUGUGUUGAGUGGCAAAGGGAAGAAGUGUGAGCAGCAGGCGUAUGAUGUGUUUUCAGGAGAAGAACUGGAACUAUGGUUGAGGGGGAAGGGGACAGGUCACUUGGAACAGAUCCAAGAGUGGGACCUGCCCCUUUUAGUGCAAUUCACCUAAUGCUCUACAGUCUUAGCCAAGGUAGCCAUGGGCCACCCUGGUGCACGGCCAGGUUGGGUUACCGAAUGCCACCCUGCCACCGUGACAGCCAUCUCCCACGAAAGCCCGCGGAGAUGAGCCAGCUCAUGCACCUAGUGCCACAAAGAAGGGAAUGUUCAGCGCACAAUUUGAGGUAGAGGAGCAGGCGUGGCUCUUUGGUUCAGGCCGAAGAAUAGAACAAAGGCGCACUGAAAACGAAUCCCUCUUCCACAAUGCCUGAGUGAUGUUUGUGGCAGAUACCCAUCUCACAGGAGACAAAAGCCAUCUUAAAUGCUGAAAGCACAAAAGAUCAUAUGCACAAAAGCUUUUUGUCUGCUAUAGUUUCCCUCAUUUUGAUAAUAAGGUGAAUAAUGGCCAGAGUAAAAUAAUAACUUUGUAGAAGUUCCAGCUAAAACAGUGAAAGUAGACUAGGUGAUUCACUGCAUAUAUAUAACUUAUCUAUCCUGACAUAUUAGUUUCAAACAGCAUUGAUAAGGUAGUGGAAACAGACUAUAUUAUCUCUGUUAAUGUGUUGCAGUGACUAUUCUGCUCAAGUUUUCCUCGAUAUACUGUACACGUGUUUUCUGCCGCAGCUACAGAGAGAGGGAAGUGACGGUGACAGAGGACGAAAGUGGCAUCCUUUGAACAAAACACUUUUGUUUGUGCUGCUUUCUGCUCUUGUUUGCAGGUGUCUUUCAUGGAGCACUCUUUAAUGCUUUCAGGAAGGACCAUUUUCACUCUUUUUAUCACAGUAUUAGCCGCGCAGAAAAGCUGCUGAUCCCGACUAUUGUUGCUCAUUCGUGGAGGGACAUUUCCCCAUAGUCAUUGUUUAAAUGGUUGUCAGGGGGGAAUAAAGUGAAACUUCAUAAACAAUGGCCUAACUGGUUUAUCUCUCUCUAUGGGGAGAGGCCGCUUCUGUGCGAGGAUUUGCACCAGAGCCUCCCCCUUUAUGGUGGAGUAAGCACUUCACAGCCCCUCAGUACUGCCCCCUCAAACCCGCCUAACAAGGGGAUUCCCUCCAGCUGGGGAACCUGGUUACACCCCACAGCCCGACUUUUUUCACAGGUCUCAUUUAGUAGUAAUUUGGUGUAUUGUAGGAUAGGCCCUUUCUCUUCCCUCUUUAUGGUCAGGGGACAAUGACAGAAAUGUCAAUUAAAAACACCUCAGGCUUUCGGGACUGUCGGCUUUUGUGUAGCCUUGACCUUUAAAUCCUGGGUUGCUUCUAUUUCCACAGAGGGGGCAGAGGAGGAGGCCAAGACAAUGAGGGGUGAGUUCAGGGGUCUUUCAGUGGAGGAUUUUGUGUGAAGGCUCUUGACCAAGUCACACCACUAACUGUGAGGUCUGUAGCUGCAUUCAUAGGUCUCCUAAAAGCAUUUUGUCAGCAUGCGAAUACUAAGGAACAACCUGAAUUUACUUUCGUUUGACUUAACCUGGUCGGACUAAUGUCAAUGAAAUAUAAACAUUAGCUCAUAAAUACUCAUUCACAGCAGUAAGCCCCACUGUCAUCAGGAGGAGAAAAUUGAUCGCAUGCCGAGAAAGUGAGAGCAUUUCUGCACAUGGUAUGCAGACCAAAAGGGCAGCGCAGAAGUACCCAAGACGUGCACAAACACAUAGCAAAAAUGGCUUUUGUUUAAAAACACUGGCGGGUGGAUCGUUGUGUGAGUCUAUGCAUUGUGGCACAUUGUGUGUCAGGCCUUUUCAGCGGCUUUGUGGGAUAUGAGAACUGCUGACGUAACCGCUAGCGCUGUAGGAUGGGAUUUCACCGGCUUUCUCGGCUUCUUUACCACGCUGGUGACAGAAGAAGCGAAGAAUGCACUGGCUUCAGGCGUUACACAGGUUAUCCUGAGAAACACUGGAGAUGGGCCUGUGUGCAACUAUAUAGGCUGUGCCAUAAAUCCCCUCUGUGCAUUGUUUUAUGACAGUGCUAUUGUCUUCACACACAAGGUGAAGUGACACAGAAAGGUGAAUGACCUGAAGACUAACUUUUAAAGUUUUUUGUCCCUGUUAAACAAAAUGGAGUAAAAAAAAAAAGAAAAAAGAAAACAGUAUUUAGUGUUUGUGUGUUUGUGGGUGUGCUGAGCCGGCCACUCAGCAAUACCACACACGGUCAUUUGAUGGCGAGCAUCGGCCAGCCUCCAGCCUGUGUGUAUGUGUGGUCUCCCAUGAUGCCGCGGUCCAGCACCUCAGCCACUCUGACUCAGUCAAACAGGCCUGGGAACUUACGUUACAAAGUCCUAAUCUAAUCUAGGAUCUCACCUCAUGUCACAAUGAUGCAGCGAGUGAAUUUUGUGCUUUCCAGGAGAGACUUUUUUUGACUUUGUGUAACAGUUUGUGUUGUUUUCAAGAGGAAGAAAAAGAGCAGUGGCUGAAUGAUUUUCUGGACACAAGUGAUUUAUAGUAGAGAGGGAGAGAAAGAGAGAGAGAGGGAGCAUUUCAAAGGCUUUCUCUUAUUUCCAAAAUGGGGUUGGAAAUCAGCAGCUUGACUGAGCCCAAAUAAGUGACUUCUUUUACCUUUUCACAGCACACAAAAGCCUAAUCCUAGGACUACUUGAACCACCAAUGUAGACAGCGACUGAGACCACCACAGUAUGUGUCAGACCCUCCUCACCGCACACAAAAACACAUUGACUGCAGCUUUAUGAAGUGAAAAUGGCCCAGAAAGGGAAAAUGUGAAGGAGGUGUCCACAGUCAUUUCUCUCAAAGAAAGGGCCACAGCAUCUGGGUAUUUAAUGCUAAAAUAAAGCCCAAAGACAGAGCAGAAAGGAUCGGGUCACUUCUUUUGUCCUGGAGUCAGAGUGCAACAGCCCUGUUUUGUUUCAGUGCCACUGACCCUUGCAACUUAUUGUGCCGCUCUGUCAGGGAAAAAAGAAAAAUUCCAGCGAUGACAGAGGACUUCUUUUGAGGAAUUUUCUUUUCCAACCAUGCUUUCCCUGCAUUUCCUGUUUUGUUUGCACAUUUUUUUCCUUCCCGGUGGCAAAUAUUCAACACCGUCAGUAAAUAAAGGGAGGAUGAAAAAGAGGUUGUAAAAAGCAUACUGAUUCUUUGUGUCCGCAGGGAUGUUUAAUUAAAGAAAAGUGUUUAUUUUCUGCUGCGGAACAACAGUCGCUAUCAUUGCCAAACACAAAUAUAGCAAUUAACUUCAAUUUUCUACAUUUAUUUGGACAUCAAAGAGCCGAUAGGAUCACUGCGAAAAUAAAGCAAUUAGGGUCAGCAGAGAUCUCAAUGGUCUUUGGGCGCAGCAGUGUGCCCAGUUUGCUUGAAUGACUGAAUCACAUGCGUGCGGUAGCUUUCUUUUCUUGCUAAAGAGCAAUUAGUGGUAAUUCUUUAUUUAAACUGUUUGUAUACAAAACCUUUUAUCCUUUUAUCCACUUUUAUGUGCAGCGGGAUGUGGCUUUGGGAGUUUUCUGUUCCUGUGUGGUUUCAUAGGAGAUAUGGAAGUGGACUGAGGAGGGGGUGAGGUGUAUGCUCGUUGGAUCACUUAUCUGAGGCAUCUGUGUGUAGUGUGGGUGGGGGGCCACGGUGUUCCCGAUGCUGACAUGAUAAGCGGCAGACCACGCAAAUGGAUCACAUCAAACAUGGCCUUGGCGACGGCGGGCCCCAGGGAGCAGGAGGAGGCAAGACUCCUAUCUAAUGCUUCCUUUUCCUCCUCCGUCCCCUCAGUUGACCCCUCCGUGAGAUAAACCUGCCUUGGAUAAGCUUGGCCCACGACUAAAAUGAGCCAAAUUAGAAUUUAAAUGAACCCGCCUGUAAACAUGAAUGAGCAGUGUCACUGUUUCACAAGACAAACAGUAUAUAUGAUAAGACGUUUGUUCAGUUAAUAUUUGAGCCCCUUUAAUGGUAGGCUGGAUAACCCGCAGUGAAGGCUCAUGUGCCUCCAUCUCACUUUGCAGUCUGGUUAGCCUUCCAUCAAGGCUAAGAUUGAAACUUAUGUACUGUGAAAUUCUCAGGAUCAGUUGUGCUCAGUAGCUUGCACUCACUGUUUGAUUGUGUAGGCUCCACUACAGCAAUGGUGAGACUGGUAAUACCCCUCUUAUCAGAAGUGCAAAUGGAAUCAAGUAGCUUUUCAUCACAAAACUACACUGAAAGUGAUCAUGCUUAAACGUGUGCUUAAGUGGCAGAUAACAUCCGUAAUUAAGGCGCUAAAUUAAAUUUUCAUCUCUCCGGGCCAGUCUGAGACCACUGAAGGUAACCGUUUGAUCCUAAUCUCCACGACUGAGGAUUCAUCUUUAAGGAUGGGUCUAAUUUCAGGGUGUGAGGUUUCAGUUUUAUCAUCUUCGAAUCAAGUAGAAAGUAUGUAACAUAGUAUAGCUUUCAGUGAAGAAAAAAAGGGCUCACGUGCUCAGCGCUGAAAGAAAUAGUCAGGGCGAUUUCCUCAGUGAAAGUAUUUAACAGUGAACACACACAUUGUGAGGAAAGUCCCUCACUCGGUUUGUUAAACGAUUCCUCAAUGAUCUUUUUAUUCUAUAUAUGGAAUUUUGGAAUCUGCUCUCAACCAAGGAGCAACAGAGUCCGGGCUUUCUCAAUUUUCUGUAAACUUUAUUCAGUUUUUUCACAUUUUGUCAACUGCUUAUGGAUAUUUCUGCUGGGAGAAGAGUUUAUUUAAGAGUAAAGGUUUUUUCAUUGAGAUGGAGCAAAUCUGGACAAGGUGUUUUCAUGGUUGCUGUGCUGGUGCAAAGGUAAAGGCUAAGAAAUAGAGAUAUAAGCCCUUUCUUCCAUUGGUCAUCACAGGAAAUGUAAACCCUUUGAAAGCGACGAGCUGUAGGUAUUGGUGAGGACUGAGAAAGCAUACCACCAGUCUGCUGUCUUUUACUAAAUCCUGGUUAAAUCAAAACAACUUAUGCUCCACUGUGGAUCUACCUGGCUUCACUCUCAUAAGUUUAGACAGAGAUGCUAAAGCUAGUGAGAGCGUCUGGCUUUAUUUGUUAACCAGAGAUUGUGUAACUCUUCACACGAGAGAGUUCCGUCAUAUCAUAACAAUACUUGUUUACAUCCCACCCCAGGCAACGGCUGAAGUUUCAUGUGAUGUUCUCCAUGAAACAAUUGCUAGGGUUCAGACUCAACAUAAUGAGAAACUGGUGAAAAAAUCUGGCACUUCAUAACACCUUGAUGGACCGAAAAAAAAGGACAGAGAGAUUCAGAAGAUCUUUUGUACCCACAGGCAUCAGACUUCUUAAUUCUUCUAUAGACAAGAUGACACUCCAGACAAACAAAUUUUCCUAUUGGGAUCAAUAAAGUUCUUGUCUUUUUUUGUAUUGUAUUGGAAUACCAGUCAUUUGUUGUAUUGAAGCUGUGGCGUGGGCCAUAGCUCUUGAGAGCUUUAAAAAAAAAAAAAAAAAAAAAGGUUCUUUGUUGACUCCUAGUGAGUAAAAAGUCGAAGUCCAUAUGAAACCACAAUUAUGUUUUCAUGUGCUUUAAUUCUUAAAUUAGAAAUACUCUUAACACAAAAUGAAUCUUUUAAGUCCACAUCAAGUCAUGAUGAAUUCAGUGUCAACACUAAUUUCAUAGACAUCAUUUUAAAUAUUGGAAUUUGAAUUUGGGCUAAAACUUACACACUGCUUUGCUGUUAAGUGGAUAUCAGUUGAUAUCAUUAUUAUUGAGCUGAUCUAACAUGUUAAAUGAAAAUCUUAAUCUGUAAAGCUUAUACUUACUUAGGCUUACAUGCUAAUGAGGUAAGGAGAGUGGAAGAAUUGGAGUAGAGGUUUUAAAAUGAAUUCCUUAAAAGAAAAUUACCAUUAAAAUUUAGAAAAAGGAGAACGAUGUAUGACUUUCCACUACAAGUGAGCGAUGGGUAAAACAUUAAACUUCAAUAUUUGUAGUCAUUAAGCCGCCUUAUUAGAUGCUUAUUCCAGUUUCUAAUUACAGUGGAAGUGUGGGUGCUUUGUUGUCAUCAGACUCAUCACCUCCAAUCCUGUUGAGGCAGCUCUGGUAUCUUGGUCUAGAUGUGUCACAGAGCCAUUAACACGGGUGAUGAGUCACUGUGUUGUCGAGGGCUCUGUGGCCUCAGUGUGAUGUAUCAGACACCCACAGUGUGGUUCCCAGAGCUCUCUGCCAGUCACUGUGGCCCUGCCUGUUGGCUAGCUGCUCUGCCAGGGAGGCUUACAGGCCAGAAGUGUUGAAGGGAAAGCCCAGGAGAGCCGAGGAUAUGAGCUGCAGUGGCCAAGUGGUAAAUUCUCACCUGCUACUAAGUGAGAAUUAGGACUGUGAUCGUUUUCCUUUCACACUGUGAGUCACAUAACCUCAGUUCCACAACCUGCUGUUAUCUUCCUGUGUGUCCAUGAUGGUCGACAAAAACAAGACUAAAAGAGUUUCUCUUGUUUAGCCUGAAGAAAUGGGCCCUCACUACCCCACUGGUAUCCCACGCUGCAGCAGCAGAUGCUUUGCUAAAUAAUGUCCUGCUUUUCUGCUUUUUUUCCAGGUGUUUCUUCAAGUCAUCGGAGGGAUCGCAGUAGCAGCCGUCAUCAUUCCCUGGAUCCUUAUUCCCGUCGUUCCCCUCCUCGCAGUAUUUUUAUUUCUGCGAUCCUACUUCCUAAAGACCUCUAGAGACAUCAAGCGACUGGAGUCUACCAGUAAUUAUUUUUUUGGGGACGGUGGGGUGGGCAUGUCCAUUCGUGGAAAGAGACAAAAGCAGACCACAGGAAUGCUAAUAGACCAUUGAAGAAAGCCAUGGUCAUUAGCAUAAAGGCUAAAGGUGGCGGUGGCCUAUGGCUCGGCCACACGCAGUUUCCUCAAGAGACGGGAGUUCAUGACAUCACAUACAAUGGGAAAAAUGCCAAGUGGGCAUGACUAGGCCAUUGCAGGCUUUAGUUCAUCUAUUUUAUUCUGGGCUGGGAGCCCAAACGCACAUUGGCCAACAGGUUCCAUCAUCUUAAAGAACAAAAGUUGUAUUAAACAGCUCAGAGGAAACAUUUAGGUUUUGUUUUUGGUUUUGUGCACUUAACAAAAAGAGAAACAAAGCAGCACUCAAUUGCAACCUUUCCCCAUAUACAACCUGUUUCUGCAUCCAGAGAAUCUAAAUGAUCUGUGUGACACCAUAACCACACUUUUUAUCCAGGAAAUUGUCACCUUUUUUUCUUCUUUGCAACACGUCUCUUUUUCUAUUUUGCCCAUUUUAAUGUUGAAUAUUUUGGGACACACGUAGUCAGUUUGAAACACACAAAAAAAACAGACAGAUUUCCUGAAAUUGUGUUUAUUACCAACUGUAGUUCAAAAUGUGGAACAUAUUUGGUUUUAGGAACGUAACUGGAGUUGUAUGAAGAGAAAAAAGUUGGUGUUAUGGAUGCAUGUUUGUGGAAAUGCUAACAGAGAUUGUGUUUUAUUUGUUCAAGCUCGGAGUCCUGUCUUCUCCCACCUCUCCUCAUCUCUCCAAGGCCUUAGCACCAUCCGUGCCUUCAAAGUUCAGCAGAGGUUUCAGGAAAUCUUUGAUGAUAAUCAGGAUCUUCACUCAGGUGAGAAUUUAAUUUACUUUUUAGUUGAGCAUAUUUUACUCAUCGUUGAUAUGCACUAACAUAUGUUGUUGAAUUUUAGACUAUAGAGAUUAGGUUACACUUGUCAGUUAUCAUGUGUUUGCCAACAGAGGCCUGGUUUUUAUUCCUGACGACGUCUCGCUGGUUUGCUGUGCGUCUCGAUGGGAUCUGCUCCAUUUUUGUCACCCUCACUGCCUUUGGCUGCCUUUACCUCAGGGAUGGUACUGUAUGCACAUUACACUGUUGACAUGUGAGGCAUCAGAAGUGAAACCAUGAUGAUCGACUCAUGGAUGGGUCUGUUUUUCUAUGCUAUAGGGCUGGAACCGGGUGCAGUGGGUCUGGCUCUGUCUUAUGCGGUGACACUUACAGGCAUGUUCCAGUGGGGAGUUAGACAGAGUGCAGAGAUCGAGAACAUGGUGAGAGAACAUCACCACACUUAUGUGUGUUUAUGCUCUUUAAUUAUCAAUUCAGUUCAAAGACAGUUUCAGAACUGCACCCCUUAACUUUAGUAAGAUAAGUAAGUGGAACAAAGAUCUACAACUCUCCUGUAAACAGCGUUUGCAACCUAAAGUUUAGUUUAGUUAUUACAAUUUGUGCUAGAAAAACCUGAGUUUAGUUUUUAGUUUUUUUAGUUCAACAGUUUUUGAGGUUUAACAAAUUAAAAUACAUUGUUUUUGCUGCACACAACACAGAAAAAAAUAUACUCAAACAUCAGGCAACUGUUGCUUUAGGUUAGUUACAGCAUUUUCAGGUUUCCUACCCUUAUCUGACAACAACCCACCUGACUGUCCCUCGAUCCCACCCAUCCUUCCUCUCACCCUGUUGUCCCCUGAGGUCAAGAUUCUAUACAUGAGAGCACAUCAAUGUUUCUAAGUUACAAUACGAAUGAUAGUUUUUAGUUUUUUAUGCGAUAAUUUGUUGCGUACAGAGAUUUUUAAAGUUCUAGAUAUUUUAAAAUAAAACAAUUAUUAAACGUUUUAAGAAAAAGACAUAUUUGUGAAGUGGAACUGGGGAUGUAAUGCCAAUCAAUUUGGUAUAAAUUCAUGUUAAAUUUGGGUACCAAUGUUCUUAGAGUGAUGCUGGAGACUCAAAAUCUGCAUGUUUUAGCAUCUGCAGUGGUGAUUUCUCUCAAUCUUCAACUUUAGCUCCACCAACAAUAAACAAUACAAAACCGCUUGGGUGCCCCUUUAAAACAGAUUUAUAUAAUUAAGUCUGGUUGAGACUAUAAAUAAGCCUCAGGUUCAGUUUAUGCCAGUCACAAUUGUUUCAAAUAUAUCAUAAAGCAACAUUAAUAUAUCAGAAUAAAGGUUUUUAAAACAUGCACGACUAUGAAUGUGUUAAAUAACACUUCUUUUAAUAGAUGACAUCAGUGGAGAGAGUGGUUGAGUAUGCUGAGCUGGAGAGUGAAGCACCCUGGGAGACGGACAAACAGCCUCCGCCUGACUGGCCAACCACAGGCUCCGUCACCUUCGACAGAGUCAACUUCUCCUACAGUGCCAGCGCACCUUUGGUCCUGAAGAACCUGACUGUUGUCUUCAGACCCAGAGAAAAGGUGUGUGUCUUUAUUCCCACCUGUGCAUGCUCACUGGUGUGCACUCUCUGUGACGCAGGUUAAUAUGCAGCCGCUGUAGAGGGUGUGGUGUGAUUCUCUUUAUUUAUGUGGCUUUAUUUUCAAAUCAAUUAUUAAAGGGACACCAUAUUGUGCGGCAGAAUCUUCAGUACUUUACCAUUUGUGAUUCAUGGAAUACAUAUCAUGUAAUUAAGACUGUUCAAGUGGAUCCAUUUGUUUCCUAUUUGCAUUUUGAGCUACCUGCCAGUGACAACUGUUUAUUCACUGUAAGAGAGAGGAGAGGCCGAGGGGAGGAGAGCGAGAGGGUGAAGCAGAGGGAGAUGGUUGAGGAUGAUUGAAAUUGUGUUUAAUGCAGGGGGUGUAUUUUGCAUGGCUAUGGUUGGCCAGGGCGGCUGAUUUCACAAUGGAUGGGUUGAUAAGUGUAGGGGCCCUGGCUCAUGGGAGGGAUCUCUGCCACAUGCCAUGGGGGUGAAAGGCUUUGUGCAUCCUGUCAGUUCCCCUGACACCCUUUCGCACCUACAGUACAAUAUCCAUCCAAUCUUGCCCUCACUACACUCAUAUACUCGCCAUAAUUACAUGAAAAAACACACAGCUUGCUACAUCAGUGCUGUGACCCUUCAUAGUUGAAAGAGAUAACACUCAUAAAGGGCAUACUUUCUCUCUCCACGACCAGUAAUGCUCAGUCAACGUCUUUAAAUUCAGCUCUGAAUAGAUAUGAAUAAACUGUAACUGUGCAAUAUGGCAUCCUGAAUGAACUUUGACUUUCUUCAGUGCUGUUUAUAUAAAAUGAGAUUAAAAAGGUAACAUGAUAAGCAUGUUGCCAAGAUUUUUCUUUUGAUUGAUGAAAGCAAGCGAAAAUGUGACUGAUCCAUGUUGAACACUGCUUGACACGCUGUACCAAACUGGUCUGCAUCCAUCAAAUUCCUCAAAUAGCUGAAAGUGACGUUUGUUUACAUUCACUGCCAAUCUGAAAGAAGAGCGGUGUUCUUUCAGGGCAGCUCGAGACGGAUGGACAGGUACACAAAGCCUUUGGGUUCACAUCUUGUCUCCUUUUAGCCGGUCUCUAUAAACAGAUAUCUGCAUAUGAAUGUAGAAUCUGUAGGCGAGGGACGAGAUUUUGGGCAAGUGUUCUGGUUUCUGUUUGUUGUCCACUGUUGUUCCAGUAGUAAAGACGAAUGAUGCAUUAGCCGCCUUUGUCACAUGCAGGAAAACAGUCCAUGUGGAGAGCAAGAGAGGCGUAACGUAUUGGCUGAGUUACAGUUCUUGAGCCAAUCAUCUGUAGUCCAACACAGAUUAAUCAUCUCCAUUAGCAGAUAUCUGAAUGUGAUUUUGGAUAACUAUCUUUAAGCUAGUCUGCAAACAAGGGCCCGUACUAAGAGGAAAGCCUGAAAUAAAGACCUCCUCACUGUUUGAGAACAAUGACAGCUCAAGCAAUUUGGCAACAGAGAACAAUAGUUUUUAAAUAUAUGUGAGGGACUUUGACAAAUGGUCAAAAAUUCCCUAAUCCGUUUUAUUUCCAUGAGUAGAUAGAAUAUACAAACAAGUGGAGAAAUACUCAGUGGGUAGAGUUUUUUUAUGGAAAAGCAGGCUCCAAUGGGAAACAAAGCACCUGUUACUCAACACUUACAGCUUCAUUAUGUGUGAACACUGACUCUCAAAUAUCACAACAUGGAUUCUGAGUUUUAAGUCUUGAAAUCAAAAACCCUCCCAAGCCAAAGAUAAAGUUCAGAAGACCAUGAUUUAUGAGAUGUGGAUCAUAAUAAAAGAAGAAGAAAAUUACAUAACAGAGUGUAUUGCACCUUUAGAGGCUCUGAAGAUUGCCUCUAUCAAAUCAGUUUGCAGAAUGUGGCCAAUGUUAGCAGAGUUAGCGCAACUAUUCAGUCCUCUUUUAAGGUUAACACUCACAUGAAUGUGUUGUGCACCAUGCUAUAAAUUAAUACCUAUCUGUGGUCGUUUACAUCUGGGUAGUAGACAUAGACUGUAUAUAUUAUGGAAAACUUGAUUCCGCCUCCCGUCAUUGUAUGAAUUUUAAGCCAAAGUGCUCUUGGUAUUUCUGAGAUUUUAUCCCUUUACUGUUAAGUGAUUAGUGGAGAGAGUUGUUGUGAUGAUGCUCUACUCAAACAGCGUACCCCCUGGAUGUCCUAUCUUAUGCCCAUAUGCAAGUGUCAAUCAUAGAAAACAUGAACCUCUAAUAACUUUUUAAAAAGUUGCAAUGAGGGGCAAAAAAAUUAAAUAUGACCAGUUUAAUUUUUAAAGUUUGUGCACUGCUCCUUUCAUUUUGCUGGAGGAGGCGUGGUUUACCUAUACUGCAACCAGCCACCAGGGGGUGCUGUUCUCGCGAAGGCUUCACCAAGCAAGGAGGCAGAUGACAUCCAUUCUAUAUACAGUGUGUGGUAGUAGAGCAUUAUCGGACUACUAUUCAUCAUGAUUAUCCAUGGUAUGAUGACCCUUGUUGUUCCCUCCUUUCCUGAAUUUUUAGUUUGGGGUUAUUCAGAGGAAACUGCUCACCUCCAGCUUAAAAUAUUAACUUAUGUAGCACUUCAAAUAUGUAAAGCUUGACACUCUCAAAAACAUGUUAAAAGGAAAACUUCUGGUACUACCUGUACGGAAAACCAAUAACUGGAAACUCAGAGAAGCCAAGGUUUCUGUAAUUUUGCUCAAUUGUGCUACUUUCUCAAUGCAUCCUAUCCACCGUUCCUCAUUUCUGUUUAACUUGGAGGCCACUAGUUCUGUUCGCAAUUCAACCAUACCUGUACACUCUUUGCUGCAGCUCCUCCAGAUGAAGGGACUGCUGUAUUGUACUUUUACAAUGAAUGUGUCAGUGAAAUCCUCUUGACAUAAGGUCACAAGUGGUUUGGAGAAAGAUUGUUCGCUCCUCUGAAAUGUUUCUGACAAGGUGAAGCAUCUCAGAGUGUGUUAUAGUGGGUUCUAUAUGUGCUAAGUAAUCUGUGGCCAUUUUAGUUGAAACAUUAAGCACACUUGUUGACUCUCUCUGUUUCCACAAUCAAUGCAUCUUGACUGUUUGGUUUUGUUUUCGCCCAGAUAGAGCGAAAGAGAAGGAGAGUUGCUAUGUGCCGUUUCAGCAGAACAAAGUGCCGUGCUCAGAGAAAGAAAUCUGAGUGGUGCCACAUUCAGCCUUACCCCGCCCUGUGCAUUUAAUCAUAUUUAGAGUUAAUUUAGAUCCUGGAUCAUUGAGCGUGAUCCUUUCUUCCCUCCAUCUAAAUGGGCAAAGAGGGAGAAUAAUGGCGGUAUUACAUCCUCUCUCUGUGUUGGCAUGUUGUGAGGCGCUCACAGCGGUUCUUUGUUAUGGCAGCAGUAUUGUCGGUAAACCCAAGGCUAAACAAAAGGUUGCCAUUUGGCUAUGUAAUGCCAUAUAACAGGCCUAUGUGUUGGCAGGCAGCAGCGUGUGGCAUCAACAGCCCAGUUCAGUGGGACCAAAAAAAAAAAUUGCCUUGUGGUGCCAUCAGCGGGGCUGUUUCCAAAGGUUGCAUCGGGAUCUUCCGAAUGGAAAAUAUUCUGCUUUCAUCCAAUUUUAAAAAAUCUGAGAGCAGCUUGAUUUAGACAGGUUAUUUGCUGUGUGGGUGUCCUUUGGCUCUAUACAGUUGUAUUGGUGGCAUUUAAUGGCCUUUUUUUUUUUGAAACCAAUUUCCUGUAAGGCAAACUAAAGGGACAUUUACGUCAACUAGAGAUUACGUAUGUCCAUCCACUCUAAGCAGCUCAAGCGUUACUAGUCAGUCAAAGUAUACAAAAAAUGUGUUAUUGUCCACCCAAAAUUCCUGUCAAACAACAUAUCAUGUGGCAGAUGGCAUGUGUUUACAUAUCUGUAUUUAGCUGAGUUUUUUUCCAAGGCUGUAUCUGGUCAAACUGGAGUAUAACCAGAAAGAAUAAGUAACCAGUACUUUAACAUGCAAGGAGAACAGACGGCUAGAGGUGGUGCUGGCUCUGCUAACGUCACACUCUGUAAAGUGAUUUAAGAUUGUCAACCCACAGAUCCUGUGACCACCUUUUAAGCUGUGAGUUUGUACCAAAUUUUGACUGUUUUUGAGCACUCGUCAGUCAGGUCAGUAUUUAAAUUUAUAUUUAAUAUCUCUACCAAACUUUUUUAAUAGCCUCAAAUAUUACUUCAAUGUAUAAACAUUAGCAUGGGAACACACUAAACAGAGAGGCUUUAAACUGCCAGUUUAAGUUCAUUCAUUGUUAGCAUGUUGACAUCAAUUAGCUCAGAGCUGCUAGCGUAGUUUCAGACUCAAAGCAAGAAACCAGCUUUUAGAGUUUAUACUCUUUAUCUGCCAGACAUGUCACAAAAAAGGAUUUAUUUCACCUGCAUUUCACAGAAUACAAUGUUUCCCAUGAAUUUAAAAAAAAAUCUUUUCUCAAUUCAAGUGCUCCCAUUGUAGCUAGCAUGAUAUGUUCCCUCAGGGACAGCAUCUAAAAGUCCAAGGACCAUGAUGAUAUUUAAGGUUUUUUGGCUUUGUUAAAUCUACAGAUAUAUAAAACCUUAUCCUCUCUCCUCUCCAGGUUGGUAUUGUUGGACGCACCGGUGCUGGUAAAAGCUCCCUGGUCUCUGCUUUGUUCCGGCUGGCAGAACCGGAGGGUCGAAUUAUGAUCGAUGGUUUCCUGACUUCUGAGAUCGGUCUACACACCCUACGCCAAAAAAUGUCCAUCAUCCCACAGGUGCCCUUCUUUCUUCCAUCUCAGCAUUAAUGUCCUCAACCAAUGAGUACAUGUAACCUUAAACUAAAAGCUGUAAUGUACUAGAAACUAAGCACAGGAAUUCAGCCUCUACAUUAAUAUUGCACUCUUCAUAUUUUCUGGUACUGCUGGACAUUUUUCGACGUUUCUCAAAGCUACUUUGAUCCUCAUGAUUCGAGAAAUGGCAGAUGAACACUGCCGACAGACACCUUCCUGCUCUGGCCCUUGUUUUUUUAAUAUGCCUGGCUUUUAAAAAGCUAAAACAAGUGAGGAGAAUUAUAGUCGUCUCUGAGGGGAUUUCUGAAAGUGAGACAAACGGAUGCCUUGAGACAGUUUAACUUUAUUUCCGCUUGUUGAAACUGAUACGGCAUUAAGAAAAUGCCAGCCUGCGGGUGAGUGUCAGCCGAGUGGAGGGAGGGGAGAAGACUCCCACGGCCUGCACUGUGAAGAGAGCAGUUCCCCAUCCCUGACAGAGGAUUAGCCCUCUACCCCCCAAACAUGGGAAAGCUGCUUAGAAGAAGUCUCCCCCAUCCUCACAGUCAGAGUCCCCCUCGCACACCGUCACUUUGCCCAAGUCUCAAACAUUUCUCGGGUGCAGCCAAGAUGCCCAAAAACAGUUUCAUUAAUGCUUUGCCGUGUAUUUGAUAGGUUUCUGGCAUCACUACUACUCCAGAUAAAGUUUUACUUCUGAGUCCAAACUAGUUUGAGAUGGAUGUGAUGUGUGUUUGAUGUGAUUUUGUUUACUCGAUCUGUCUCUCCUUGAGGGAGAGACUCACACAAAGUGGCAGGUUACGAGUCAGAACCUGAAACACAUGCCCAUCUCUAUCCUAUACGGGAUGACAGUUCCAUGAUACGACGUCUCUCUAUAUCAAGAGGAGCUGAGUUUCUCUGUAUGGAGCUCUUAGUUUUACAAACUUCUUGUGAGAAACCUCUUGGAUUCACAAAUAUUCAUCUGAAAGCUCUUUAUUCUCCUGCUAGACUUCAGAGAUAAAGUGAUAUUCACUCAGCCUUGAUAUCAAUUGCUUGUUGCCUUACGUUUUCACAGAAUUUGAGAGUGCGAUAUGUAUACUAUACAUUUCCAGUGAGGAGUUUCAUUAUUUGCCACCCAAAGAUUUGAUUAUGAUAAGCUUUUAUUAGCAUAUGGCAUUAAAAAAGGAUCCAUUUCCAUUUCUAUUGAAUUCUCAGGAAUGACUUAGUAAGAAAUGAAUUCUGUGGCAAACAGAGGGCUUAGAAUUGGUGAAGCACAUAAUCGGUCUAUGGAAAAGCUGUGCUUGAAAGCAUUUUUUCCAACCUAACAUUGAAUCCUCAAUUAAAGUGUGUCACAAAACUAGUUUGAAUUGGGACUUCAGCUGGCUUAAUGACAAGACAGUAUGUGAUGGAAGGAAAAAGCUUAUUGGAAGUAAAGAGGUGGAACAUUUCUCUGAGGUACAGGUGGCCGGCUUGGAAUCCUGAAAGCUGUAUUUUUAUGGAUGAAAGUUGAGCAGCUAGUACUGAGUCUCCUGACCUUCAUGAAGCUGUUUGACUAUCAAAAUCAGUAAGGUUGCACACAUGAGCCCGUGCCGGAUUAUUUUUCCUUUGUUGCUUUUGCAGCAAUGAUUCAGAGGCUGUUCCUUAAGAGAGCAACAUCAUGUAUUUUACUUUAACUGCUGUUUCAAUCCCAUAGUCGCCAGGUGAAUAUUUCUCAUUGCCUUUCUAAUAUCAGGAUUGCUGCUUUAACUCUUCUCUAUUGCUUCGACUGUCACGUCUCACUUAAGAUUGCAUCAAAUGACUCUCGCAGACCUCAGUGUCAUAAGUUCAGCCGUAUGUACUCACAGAUAAAACAAAGAAGAAAAUGAGGCUUUUGAAAACCUUAUCUAAAGACGUUCUUGUAGAGAGUCCCACUAAGUGUGCCAUACAUCACUUCACUAUUGCAGCUGGAUUUAUGAAUAAAUAUCUGCUCUGACAUGAGGAGGUGCCUGCUCGCCUCUGUUUAUCAGGUUAACCACAAACAGAGUGGCAUGUUGGAGAAGUGCCUGUGGACUUGCGGGCUCAUUCCUCUGCACUGUAAUAAAGAGCUUUAUUUACUCUCUUAAAGAUGGCUGUGCAGCUGAAACCUUGAUACAGGAGUGUGGCUCACCAUAAAUACAUAUCUUGGACAUCCUAGCUGUCUGCCACUGGAGCCUGUCCAUUCAUGAAGGCAAUCAGCUGAUGUGAUAACUUUUCUUUACAGAGUAGAGCUGUUACUUUUUGCGGACACUUUAAGAGAUUAUCAGUUUGAAAAGCUCCCGUAUGAAAUUAUUUUUUAUGAUAACAGUCACUAGAUUGUGCUUUUUUGUGUCAUAUUAUAAAUUCAGACAACCACGCAAUAGCUCUGCUUUUCUAAGUAAAAAGAUCAACUUAUUGAAGAGUGAAUAGAGCUCCUGAGUGGAGAAAGCCCUUUGUGAACAUCUUCCCCACAAACACUGCGUAGCGGUGCUCUGCAAAGCUUGUCUUAACCCUUUCAUACAUCUUCCCCCUCGUCAUUAUCUUAACUGGCCACGGCCUUCUCUUUCUAUAUCCAUCUAUCCACAGGACCCAGUUCUCUUCACGGACACCGUGAGGAAGAAUCUGGACCCUUUCAGGCAGCACACAGAUGAGGACCUGUGGAAUGCACUCCAAGAGGUACUCCAGCGUGGCUCUGAAUGAUUCCCCCUAGCCGGCCCAGGGGGGGAUCCCUCUGUCCCCCUGUACAAUGCGGCCAUUCAGCCUCCCUACUCGCCACAAGUCAUGGGGGGAAAUCCCAUUAGGGCCAUGGGGCCCAGCUCAAUGUGCGGCUUGUAACUGGGAACCAUUGAAAGUGCUGGGGGAGAUGUGUUUGGGCAGUCAGGCCAACCAGGAUGAAGGCUCCCCCCACAGUGAAGGGCUUCAGCUCCUGGUCCUGCCUCUGAAUGGGUUUGGUGGCCUGGAUUAAAGCUAGAGGCUGGCCACAAGAGAGCACUGGCCAAGGUCAUCAGUGGACCUGGCCCUGCAUUGUGCCAGGCGGUUAAUGGGUGUGUUUGGAUAGCUCUUUAAAGACAUCCCCACAGGAAGCCUUUAUGCAGGAGUAAUGAAGGGUUGGGGCUCUGCUCUCCCUCUCCGCAGGUGCAGAUGAAGGCCGUGGUGGAGGACCUGCCCAAUAAGCUGGAGACGGUGCUGACCGAGUCGGGCUCCAACUUCAGUGUGGGCCAGAGGCAGCUGGUGUGUCUGGCCAGGGCCAUCCUCCGGAAAAACCGCAUCCUUGUCAUUGAUGAGGCCACAGCUAAUGUGGACCUGAGGUCAGGGACACUUGAGUCGUCGAGUUAAACACUUGCUAUGAAAAUUUGAAUAGUCCUUUCCUCAUGGAGCUUGUUAAACACAGACUUGUACAGCUCUGGUUGGUAUAAUAUUCUUGUUUCAACUCAUUUUAGCCCCGUUAAAAAAUGCACAAUUGAAACAGUUUAGGUUUUCUGACUAAAAAUAAGAAAAAAAACAUAAACUCUAAAUACCCAUGUAACUCGAGUGAAAGGAGCUUGCCAUUCUUUAUUUGACUCCUGCUGCUGCUCGUACCUCUGUGCUGCUGAUGAGCCAUUGUUCUGUGUUAAGUAAAAUCCCUGCCUAAGGGUCUAUAGGAAGAGAGUUUUUGUGCUGAGGUGUUGUGUUCCCGCUCCUUUAGAACUGACAGCCUCAUCCAGCAGACGAUCCGGGACAAGUUUCAAGAGUGUACCGUCCUCACCAUCGCUCACAGGCUCAACACGAUCAUUGACUGUGACAGAAUACUGGUAAGAAAGAAGGCAGUAACUUUCCACCAACCAGCACCUAACACCGUACCUUAAAUAAAUCCUCUACUCUUCUGUCUGCAGAUAUUUAAAAACAGAUCGAGGACUAAAAACACAAACUUUCAUCAACCUGUCCCAUUCUUUCUUUUCUCUACUCGCUCGACACUCAUGAGAUUGCACACAAACACCUCCUCCUUUCUUUUCAAGGAGCCUCCUGAACAAUCUUAACAGACUUUUAAUUCACUUGCCCUAUUUUGCAACAGCUGGCCUGAUUUCUCCCGCACAGCAUUCCCUCUCAUUGAGCGCCCACUCAUGCCACUUGAUCUUUGGCCCUUUCCUGCAACUUCCUGCAGAGGUGCCAAUUAGUGCCAUUUGUGGCAGCAUUUGUUAAGUGCCUACAAAGGGCAGGGCACGACCUGGUGCCGGCUCGGUCACUAAGGGGGCUGCUGGGAGAAGCCAAAUAUCACACAGCGGGGACUGUUUCACACCUACACUCUUGUUAAGCCCCCAGAUUGUUGCGCACUCCAGGAGAACUAAAUUGGGGGCCCACCUGAAUUGAAUUUCCACACCGAAAGCUUUGCAAUAUUUAGACUCACAACGUUCUCCAAGAGUCAAACUUCAUCUCCUCUUAUUCUGUCGAUUAUGACAGCUGCUGCAGAAGCCUCCCUUUCACGCUAAACACGCCCUGAAACUAGGCUUUAGCGUUAACAAACUGUUCAUUACAGCUGUAAGGGGAUGGAGCUUGUUAAAAUUUGUCUGUGAUAUAAUUGCAGUCUUUUUCCAAACUGCUUGAAUUGACACUAUUCUUUGUGUGGUUCAUACGGCAUGUGAUGACACAGAGAUGAUGGUAAUUUUCUCGAGUGUUUUAAAGCUGUGAUUGUCGGAUUUGACUGAGGACCACCCCUGAGCUCGCUGAAAUGCCAAGAUAAAUACACAGAUCAUUCACUGAUCUCCAGUCUGUCAGAGUCAGCGGGCUUGACUUUCACACUGCUAACAGGCUGUGCUCAUUGUCCAUGGAACUGUUGAGCAGAAAACAGGCACCUGUGUUUGCUGUUGGAUGAGUCACGUAAAAUGGAUGGUUCCUAUGUACGCAGAACUACCGUUUCCCCCAUUCUUCUCGCACAGUCUGCGUGCAUCACUCAGCAGAGAAACAGCUGAAAUGUCAGUUUUCCCUGCAGAAAAGUACAGGUGGUACAAACGCACAGAUGCAUUCACACACACCCUGCAUUGUACGUGUGAUUGCAGGUUCUGGCUGCAGGUAGGAUCCAGGAGUAUGACCAGCCGUAUGUGCUGCUGCAGAACCAGGAUGGGCUCUUUUACCAGAUGGUCCAACAGACAGGCAGAGCUGAGGCUGCCUCUCUGCUGCACACCGCCAAACAGGUAACCACACCCACUUUUGUCCCAGGACCGAGGGGGGGGUCACUAAAUACAUCCCAGACUAAUCCCAGACUCUCCCUUUAACUCCAGCCUUCAUUGCUCACCUCCAAAAUAACACAGUUAAGAGAGAGAAGAUGUGCAUAACCCUGACAAUGCAAAGAGACACUUGAUUAUCAUUUUAAUUCAGAGUGCCAACUCGGAGCGCUGCAACACCAUAACAUCAAUUCCAAGAGAGAGAAAUUGUCUCUUUGUAGAUUUACAUCCUCAGAUUCUUAUCAAGGAAACUCUCUGUAUAAUCUUUUUCUCAUAAUGUAAUUUUGAGAUCAUUUCAGAGAUGAUUCGAGAAAAGCAGCUUUCUUUGCGCUAUAUCUAUUUGGAAAUAUUGGGUUUUACUUCAUCGUGAUUUGGGAUAAACUUUCUAUGGGGAUUACUGUAAUAGAGAAUGUCCAUAUUUUUUCCCUGUGAAAUUCAUUUGUGAUGUAUUUCCCCUUUAGACACUGAGCAGAUAAGAGGCGGCUAUUCAUUGUUCAAUUCCAUUUUAUGUGCAUCUGUCUGGGACUACAGAUACCAUAUUGCAACUUCAAACAGGUCUUUGUGAAAUAAGAAAAAGUAGGCAUCAUUUCAUUUUCUCUCUGUCCCUCGCACAAAUUUAUCAGCAGAGCUGUAUCUCCUCAGCCAGAGGACUGAAAUGAGUAAAAUACUGAUUUCAAAGACUCAGCACACUGUGGUAUUAUUUGGUAUCGUCUUACCCCGCACACUGGCGGAUUGGUACCGACAUUGUUCAAGCCGUUACGUUUUCCCUUUCUUUAUUGUAGGGUGCUCUCCUUCAAUCAGAUUACUUCAGCAUCCGUGACUGUCUAGCACCACUUAUUAAAUACUGAGAUGGUCCACAUGUUGUGUGUCAAGUUUCUAUAGUUGUCAGUCAAGGUUUAAAUACAUUCAAUAAUCUGAUAUCUACCUCUGGCUCUUUUUGUGUGUUGAAGGAGAAUCCUAGAGUAGACAGUGAGGUUGACCUGUUGCCAUCCUUUCACCAACUUCCCCUCACUCAACUGGUCUUUCUUCCUCAGCCUCUCUGUGCUGAGGAAUCCAGGAUUUUUCAAAAAUAACAUUUGCCAAAAUAAAACAAAUUAUUCCCUGUUUUUUUUUCUUCCCCUCAAUAUUUUCCCUCAAUGUUCAUGAGGCUAAAUAAGCCACUUUUGCAUGCUUUAGCAAACCACAAAUCCCCUUCCUCUAGCUCUGACUGCACCUGUCAUAAACCACACCUUCACAGAUUGUGGCUCAGAUUAGCUUAAACUGUGUGCUUGUGUUCUGUGACACUGCCUCCCUGAUCCGCUUCCAGGUUUACACGAACAAAAAGCGGGUGACAGACGUGCACUGUGCCAAGGACAUCUGCGUCAUCUUUGAGACAUCUCUUUGA